GUGGCAUAUUCCGAAUUUGCCUAUACAAUAUCCUCUAAUCAAGCCAUUCAUUCUUUGCUCUUCAAUAAUAUUACGAGGUCUGACGUCACAAGCUUAUCAGGUAACGAUUGUCGACAAAACUACCCGGCAAACCUCCGGUGCAAGAGAAAAAAAGAAUGUUGUCACAUUUGGCCAUCACAAACAACUAAGGCCCGCGCCGACCGCAAGCAGUAAAAGCUUCGGUCUCUGCUCCCUCCUCAAAUGGGGGUUUUCUUUUUAAACUUCCUGAGGGCGCUGAAAGGCCCAACUAAAAACCUCGUUUUACGAACAACCCUGUUCUUGGUCUACUUACUGUUUGGCGCCGCCGUGUUUCAAACGAUCGAAUCAGGUGCGGAGCACAAGGAAAUACAUCAUUUUGACAAAGUACAGCAAGACAUGAAACAGAAGUACAAUAUUUCCGAUGAAGAAAUGAAUCAUCUCUUUGAAGAAAUUUCGAAGGCCAUCGACGAUGGGUAUUUUGACGUGGGCUAUGACCGGUGGAGUUUUGCGGGAUCGCUGUUCUUCACUGGGACGGUAGUUACUACCAUUGGUGAGUAGAGAAAUGACCGAAUAUUGUACCGCUUAAAAUAUACAUAUCAUUGUUUGCCUUAGCGAUGCGUUUAAAUUAUCUUGUUGCCUUUUGACCCAGGAAAUAUAGUCCGUUGUUAUAUCGUAAGUUUACAAGGUCGGCGUUAGUUUGCGGUGUACCAUUAAAAUGCCGAAGAAACCUACGUAGAGCUCUCACAAUUCUGGUUCUGGUCUUAACUCUCUGUUACAACGCUAGUGUGUGUACAUUUGCGUAUGGCUUUCCGCUUUGUGGGAAGCAAAACUGUUCGACCGAUCAGCCCGCAGCAGUGCUUAAUUUUAGUUGGAUGUUUGCUUUUCGAUUUCUCGUUGCUUGAAAACGAAAUCUUCCCUUUAUCAUGGAGAAAAGAAAAAAUAAAUGUUCUAAUCGUGAUUUACUGCUGUCAAAGUUUGGUCAUUAUCGACCAAAGCUCGUGAGAUCGAAACUUUAGUUUGCCUUUUGGUUGAUAUAAACUUUUAAAUUUUCAAACACUUUACGACAUUAAACCACUCUCUUCGGGCUCAAAAAUUGUUAUUUAAGUACCGAUCAAAAUUCCUACCUCCUUUUGUCGGGAAUUAAAAAAAUGACUUGGAUCAAAAUGUUGCGUCGAAUAUGAAUAUUCAAAAAUUUGUUUCCGACGUUGAUCGGAUGUAAGCAGUUUGUUUUGUUUUGUGGGAUUGUUCGCUCAUUCGAGAAGUUCAUUGGCUCCUACUUAGAAAUGGAUCAUUCCACUGAUUCGAAAAUUGUAAUUUCCAAUUUUUCCAAACGAAAUAGUACGCCUCACUUUUUUUCUGAGAAUUAAUUUCGCUACCAAGCGAAAUGUUCUUAACUCAAGCUGUGGUUCUGCUAUAUUAUGCAAAAUAGUGAUCAAAAGAUUAUGAACUUAGAGCGGACAAGACGACAAAAAACAAUAGAAGCGUACAGGUUCAUUUAUUUCUCUCACUGCUUGAAAAAAAUCCAAUUUUAUCCAAGUGAAAGCAAAAUAUCUAGUUUCUCUCCUUUCGAUCGCGCUAGAGAACAGUACUCGCUGCUCAAUUAGAAAGGAUAUCAUUAAAUGCCUAUUUUCAGGCGUGUAAAUAAAAAAUUGAGCUUUCCCAUUCAAAAUGUGAAUCUGUCAUUUCUAUCGAAAUAGAAAUUACCGGCGAAUGAAUAUUUUAUUCUACCCACGAAACUAUUGCGCCGAUCAAAGACUUUGGUGGUCUUAGAAAUUUUCCAACCUUGGGUUAAGUCGAUCACUGAAAAAUAAGGUUCUCAUUUUUUUGCUUCGAUGUAAUAUCGUUUCCGUCAGAAAGGAUUGUAUAUUUAUUUUAAAAGCAGCUGCUUGUUGUUGCAGUAGAAAGGGUCUUCUUUAUGGGCAGGGGUGAUUAAAAAGCUCCGUAAAACUUGGCGCAGUCGAACAAUAUGACCAAAAGCAAGAGUGGUUCGAUGUAAAAAAAAAAGAAUUAAAUUAAUAAAACCGUUGAACAAUUUUAUAACACGUGCAACUUGAAAGGCAAAUCAAGAUAUGAAUGUCAUUCGAGAUUUUAUCCAAAAGCAGAUUGUUCUUUCUCUCAAAUGGACAGAGGAGCAAAUGUUAUUGGUGAAAUAUCCGUCUGGGGCAAGUUUCUUUAUUCUAUGACUGCUGGGCCAUAUUUCCACAGAAAUCUGAUUCGUUUACAUAAAUACAAACCCAUAUCUUCUAUUUUCAAAUUACCUUAAUUUGGUAAAGAAAAGAAAAACAUUCGUCUUCGAAGAGAAAUAAUCAAACCAAAAAGUGUGCUUGAGAACCAAUUUGUUACAAGGCCAUAGCUACUUCCGAUCAAAUAAAUCUGAAUAUUUCUCCAUCAAUAUCAUAGAGUUUUAGAACUGUUGCUGGAGAGUGUUAGAUCGCACCCCUUCCCUCGAUCAGCAAGUUCCUGUGAUUUUUUUUAGGAAUUUAAUAUAAUACGUGUACAAUAUAUUUCUGAAUCAGUGCCGAAGUUGUAGAGUUCGUUCUCUUUGCAGCAUUCUAUCAAGCUAUGUUUAUAAUAAACAAAAACAAAAAUAGCGAAAAUUGUUUCCUAAUAGGAAAACACCUGCCUAAGUCUUAAAAGUGUUUUUUAACGUCUUUUUGGCUUUCGAUGAAUUUAUCGUCGAAGUUAGGUCGGUCAGCGCACGAAUGCAAUAUCUCACGUUUCCUUCGUCCCCUUUUUGUAGAAACAGCGUACAAAUAGAGUAAAAUGCACCAAUCUUUGUUCUUUUGAAACUGCUAAAUUUAACGUAUCAGUGAUUUUUCCGCAUUGUGUUGUUUGAUUUCGAACUUAAUUGUCUCGAAAAAUCCCUAAAUUUAACGUACGAGUGGAUUUUCCACAUUUCUACCUUUCAUUAAUGGACUGUGUGUCAAGUCAGUUAAGAAUUUGUUUCUGCAUAUGUCUCACUGAUUCGUGUUUAAGGGAAAAAAAUUUAAAAAUGGCUUUGCUUAUUUCACGUUUAGAAAGAUAGCAAGUCAGGAUUGCUUGAAAGUUCCAUUUGUCCUACACAGAAAUAACUGUCGAGUUGGACUUUUCUUAACGGCGUAGAAACUGAACGAACGUAUAGAAUUAACACCUUUUUUAUCGUUUGUGUUAGCAGAGAUGCCAACUGGAUAUUUUUUCAGUUGAUCGUUGCUUAAAUAUGGUCAUAUUCAAUCCAUGAAUGAAAACUGAAGUUUACACGAAGUAAUCUUAUUCUAAAAACACCGCAUGAAACUAAAUCACUGUAACAGUUAUUUAGUUUAUUUUUCGAGCACUAUAUUAUACCGCUUCAUGAUCAGGUAAUCACCACUUCUACUCUUCUGGUUUACAUUCGAUGUAAAUCGGUUUCUUGUCAGUGAUUUUAGGAGACUACAAAAGUCGCCUUUAAUGGAAGAGUCGGUAGCGAAAUUCAGCAUAUUAUUUUAUUGUUUUAGAAUUGUAUAUUUCAUGACGAUCUUUCGUGGAAGUAUUCUUUCCGGUUUAUAUUACAAUUACAUUUAGUUAUUUUGUUCUAAUUUAUUGAAAUUAAUGUUUUUUCGACAAAAAUCAGAGUUUCCAUCCGGCUCCCGCGGAACGCUGAAAGAAGUUAUUUCUAAUGGUUUCGUUUUGUAUAUACGAUGCGGGCCAAAAGAGCCUGAAUAACGAUCUAUAUUUGCUGUAUAAUCGAUCUCAGUCAACCUGAAUCGCCAAAAUUCUUUUGUGUUUCUAGUUGAAACUUUGCCACAGUUUUCUCGCUAUUUAUUUUGUUCAGGUCUUGUUGAAACCAUUUUUUCGCGUUAGAGUCUGUUAAGUUCUGCUUCCUAUAAUAUGAAUCAAAUUAAUUUCGGUUUGAAAUGACCAAAAAUGCUAGGGGGAGCCUUUUAGUGUAUUAAAUUAUCAUCUUAGAAUGUGGUUCUUCGUCUUUAUUAACCUCAGCUGAUAACAUCGAACCACAAUAGAUUUGUCAUCAGGUUUCUUUAUAGAGCUUAAACCAUUUAGACAACUGAAUUACAAUUGUCAUGGUUCCAAAGAAGUGCUACAAUGUAUGUGUGUACAAUUCACCCAGCUAGGCAAAUGCUAUUCUCAAGUAUCAUGGCUCCCUAGUGCAAAUAUUUGGAAAUAUGUGAAUUCCGAGGCAUAAUUGAAAUCAAUUGGGUCUGCGGCUUUGCGAGUAAAUAAUUUAUCGGUGUCUUUUGUACGAUUGAGAUGAAAUAUUGUUUACUCGGUUAUUUCAGUCAGAGAUUUCUAAUACAGACACCUUUAUUGUUAAUGUGCCUGAUUUGCAUAUUUCGCGCCUCGAUUACGCCCUCGCACACUAACUUAAAACUUAUUAAAGAUGCAAACUGCUAGAAAAAGAGGAUUGUAAUUUGUCUUGGCGCCGAUGCGAUGCCCACUGUGUUAAAUUUUUGGACUAUGUUGCCUCUUGUAUUUACGCUUCCAACCGUUUGUAUUCGUGCAAGCUUGAGUAUUUUAUUUUCAGCUUAGAAAGGAAGGCGUCCGAUCAAUGUCGUUACCCACGAUCUCUCGCUGAAGAAUGUAUAUUCGUUUAUUCGUUUUUUAUGUGCUCUGGGCCAGGACAUAAUAAAAUCUUCCAAAAAAUCGUAUUUUAGAGGUAAAAACUAAAAAAGAACUAAAGAAAUGUUCCAUCAUUGUAAUCAGAAUCAGGAAUGCUUGAUGGUGUUUUAUAAUAGCAUUUGAGUUUUAACUCAACUAGAGGUAGCAAAUCUUGUGAUUUGUUCCAGGUUUUUUAACAGCUACCUUAAAUAUUUUUAUUUUAUUUUAGAACCGUGAAACAAAUUUUGUCAUUAACUAUGUGGCCUACAACUUCGUUUAGAUUAUCAGCGUGAGAUAAUUUUUAUUGCAGUUAAUUCUCCGACAUGUUUUUAUUUUUACGUAAGACGUAAAUCAAGAAAGUUUUAGGUGAUUACAAGCUUAGCAGGAGCUACCCAUCUCACGUUCGUUCAGUUUAAUAAAUAUGAGGAUAUAAAAGCUAUCUCUCUUUAGGAGAAUAUACAAUAGGUUUAGUCGAAUAAAUCCCUACCGAAAGCCCAUAAACGCGGCCAUUAAUAAGAAUCAUUCCAAGGCGAGUUGAUUAUUGGUAGCGGGGAAGUAGAGACUUACUAACAGAUCAUGUACCUCCGAUAUAGAACUAAAAAGGAAAUACAUGAUAAUAAUGAGUUCAACGGCAAAACGUAAACUUCUUGCUAAGCUGAUUAUUGUAGUUGGGAAGUAGAGGCUUACUGGAAGAUCAUGUACCUUUGAUAUAGGACUUAAAAGGAAAUACGUGAUAAUAACGAGUUCAAACGAUUGAACGUAAGGUAAAUCCCCUUUUCAAAGCAGGAGGCAUUGCACUUUUUGUCAAACGUCUUGCUUAUUUGAUCAUUGUGGUGGGAAGGUAGAAACUUAGUGAGAGAUCAGGUACCUCCGACAUCGGACGAAACUAAGAACAAAAACAAAACAAAACAAUACAGCUGUAUUUUUGUGUUGUUUCUUCAAGAAAAGGCUGUACGUCAAUUUUGGGCCCGAUGCGCGUAGAGGACCAAUCAUGCAUCUUAAAAUCAGAAAAAAAUGAGUAGGCGUAAAAAAUGAAAAAUUCUCAACGCUUUUCUGUGCCUAAGGCGUGUUUUCCUUAAUUAUUAUUUCAUUAUGUGGCGGCCAGGUAGUUUUUUAACCCCAAAUCCAUCUCAACUUGUUUUAACUGCGAUGAUUAUUAGCUUGUAGCUUUUAAAAUCAAAGGAAAAGAAAUCUAUGUUUAUUGACCUUUUAUUCCGAUACAUAUGUUUUAAACCCGGAAAGCUUUGAACUCUUACCCUCAGCAAUGGCCUUUUCAUGCCAAAUAAAAACAGUCUUUAUUGGCUGCAAUGUGAUGAAUUUUUAUUUAUUUCUGAAGUAAACUGUUCAGAAGAUGGUAAAACUAUAGAAAAUUUCCAGUCAGAAUUGGCAGUCGCAAAGUGAAACUAAAUAUGACUUCCAAGGCAGAGCGUCCCCCCACCUCCAAAAGGUGACAUUUAUUUAACUUUCCACAUUUGUAUAUCAUGUAGAUGAACAACUUACAAGGCUUACUCUAAUCAAUCAACGGCCAUUCUGCUAAGGGCCAUGCACGAAAUGUUGUUUGGCUCUUUAAUACUACUAAAACCUCUGCGUAUUAAACAACAGAAUGUACACAACUGCCUCAUCACCUAAUAAUGGAAUUACUUUUACUCGGCUUCAGUCCACAGGUUCGCUUAGCACAAGAACCUGUAGAUAGAAGUGUCAGGCCAAAUACUAAUAGUAGCUAUACAGCAAUCGUUUCACGGAGCAAAUUAGCUGACGUGGAAAAUCCAGUCAUUUGUUUCGUGUAUUAUCGUAUCUUAUGACACUACGAUGGUUCUUGUAGACUGCAGUUUCGACUGUAUUGUUGAUAAAACGUCGCAAAAUAUAGAAAAGUAAUUUUAGUGUGAAAGCACAAAAAUGCGUAACGGCAGAAUUUACACAACUGCCUCAUAUCCUAAAAAUGGAAUUACUUUUGCUCGGCUUCAGUCCACAAGUUCGCUUAGCACACGAACCUGUAGACAGAGGCGUCAGGGCAAAUGCUAAUAGCGGUUGUACAACAAUCUUUUCACCGAGCAAAUUAGCUGACAUUGAAAAUCCAGUCGUUUGUUUCUUGUAUUAUCGUAUCUUAUGGCACUGCUGUCUCGAUGAUUCUUGUAGUCUUAAUAAUAAUUCCUGUAGUCUGUACUGUUAAUAAAACGUCCCAAAGUAUAGAAUUUAAUUUCGGUGAUAUAGCACAAAAAUGACAAUUUAUUUUUUAAGAUUUCGUGCAGGACUAGAAAGGUGGGAAUGGAUUUUGAUUCCGUCCUAUCCAAAAGUUAAACUACAUAAUUCUAGAGAAAUUAGUUCUUUUUUCUACCGGUUAUGUCCUUUUUUGCUUCUCGUUCUUUACGUGAUAAACAACAUACUUGUCCCUGAGUUUUCAUUAUGAUUCAGUAAGAUCGGACUCAGCAAAGAACUGGAGACACAUCAUGCUGCCGCUGUCAGUACAUUUGUGAUCUCACGGUUGGUCGUCUUUUAAAGGAUAGAAAACAAAGGGUAUCUUGCAACAACUAUGAGUGUGACUGGAAAACGAUUAACAAAGGGACAACUCAAGGUAGCGUUAGCUGUCCUUACCUUUUCAAUAUCUUUUUCAAUGAUCUUAACAUCACUUUAGGUAAUCAUUACGCGCUAGUUAAGUACGAUGAUGAUUCGACAAUUAUUGCUCCUGUAUGGAAGAAGGUAGACUACUCCGAUCAGUUAGUGUCACAGUCUUCAGAUUGGACGAAUACAAAUGGAACGUCUUGCAAUCCAAGCAAAUUAUGCAAAGAGUUGAUGAUCAAAAACAGAGGCAAUCGCGAUCUCUAUUAACCUAUUGGGAUGAUACCAAGCUGUAAAGAAGUAGAGAUUUUGGGGGUCACCUUCCAAUGCGACAGAAAAUUUUCAGUGCACGUGAAGAACAAACUUAUUAAAGCUAACAAAUCCCUACAUAUCCUUAGAACGCUGCACAAAGAGGGGUACAAUCAGUCAGAAAUAGACCUUCUCUUUAAUACAAUAGUUCUAUCCAAUCAGCAUUAUCUGUCUACGCUGCGUCCGAGUCCGAUCUUACACCUCAACAAUGCUUCUGAGACCGCUGUUUUAAAAGGAAAUAUACGUCUAAGCCUGUAAGUGUUUAUGAUUUCUUAGAGAGGCAAGACCGUAAAAUUUUCAGAAAAGUUUCUAAUGGUAAAGGACAUCCACUUUUAUCUAUUAUGCCUCGCGUUAAACCGUCCGGUUACAAUCGUAGGAAAGAAACCUGUUUUAAACCUAAGAUUAUUAACACUAGAUUCGUUUUAAAAACUCUUUUAUUAACCGUUUAGGUUUUAAAUAUGAAUUGGCUAUGUUAUAUACUAGAUUUUUUAAUUCUUACUUUUUCCCUUUUUGAAAUUUCUUACACUUACUUGUAACAAAAGAUAUGUAUUUUUUUCUUUUGAUGAAUAAAGACUUUAUUAUUAUUAUUAUUAUUAUUAUUAUUAUUAUUAUUAUUAUUAUUAUUAUUAUUAUUAUCUCUGCGUGAUAGGUAAAAAGGUGUCAGUGAAGAUAGUUUAUGUAGCGAUCGGCGAUCGUUGAGGCAUUAUUCAGGAUGCUUUUCAUCUGAUUACUGCGUUCCUUAAGCUCAUCACGAUCCCUGGACUGUUUUUGGCCGAUUGUAGUAAUCUUAUCGAACCUAGCCUUAACCCCCACCCACCCCACCCUUGAUAAGACUUCGUUGAAGAGAUGUAGUUAGAAGUAAUUUACACCUUGAAGGUAGGCCAUACCAUCGAGGACUACCUUCCGUGCUUUUUACCAAAACGUUCUAUAGGUUCUUUUUUUUCUCCUUCGUUGAGAAGGAAAUAAUUAAAAUGUAAAUGGACAAUUCGAUUUUCUAUUAAUACUGUUGUGAUAGGAUCAAACUGAAUGGUCCCAAAAGGAUUUACUUGUUCAAUAUUUUUGCCAUUACUGAAAUUUUGUGAAUGGACAAGUUAUAUAUUCGCACCUAUAAUUUAAAGGCCCUGUAGACUAGACAAAUUCUGUCGUAACCUAUCUUGAAAUUUGCUGCAACAUAUGUUUAACGUGUUACGUGACAUUUUUGUUACAAGAAUGCGUUCAUAAGGCUAUCAAGUUCUACUUUUUGUAACGAUCAGCGCAGAAAACAUUUUGCGAGACGUGUUCAUUUCAGGAAGUCUUAACUGAACAACGUCUUGUGCAACGUCUUGUGCCACGGCCUUUCAAAACUACGAGACAAAGUGCAUCAAAAACUGUCUAGUGUUACAGCACCUUGUAAUCUGCUGGGCUAGGUUGCCCAAACAGGGUGAAGAUAACCCAGGGUUAGUGUGAAUUUUCAUUUAGAUAUAGAUGCUUAAAAAGCAAAUUCAGUUUAAUUCUUUUGCUCUACAAUUUGGUGAUCCGGAUGCUCUAUAAAGAAUAGGGAAGGUUAUUCGAGAAAAUGCUUUUAAACAAACGGAAAGGAUCCCAGACUAAAAUUUAACCCCAGUUUAGCGCUAAUCGCCCUUUCAACAAAUGGGGCCUGUAGUUAAUUAUCGUAGCAAUUUGAAAAGUUUAAACACCGUCAACACACUUUUCGCAAAAGUGUAAAACGCUUUCUUCGUCCUGGGUAUUUUAAGUGCCCGACACUCUACUCUUUUCGUAAGAAAUUAGAAACAAACUUUACACUCAUCCGAACUGUAAUUUGCAUGAUAAUUUGACACUUCCACAAGAAGAGAGUUAUGUGCUAUUCUGAUUCUAAUAGUAAGAGUAAAAUAUAUAUUACGUGAGGGGAUGGAAAUUGCUGGUUUCCAUCAGAGGUCACUGCUGGUUGACGAGAACAAAGCGUUUCUCUUCGUUUGGAAAACUAAACUUUUUUCUUGCAAAUACAGUAAAAAUCAUAUAAGAACCUAGAAUAUUCAAGGUCAGACUGAAUAGGUUCUUGAUAGGUUCUUAUCUUUCAGAGGUUUUCGUAGUGUAACCAUUGGCAGAAAUGUUGUACUUCUAAUACAUACAAAUGUAAUGGUCAGAGAAAACAUAUCCGUCUAGUGAAAAUCCAAACAAAUAUAAAUCAAAGAAGGCAUAUACACAGUAACUUUUGUCAGAAGUUUCUCACACCAUUAAAUAGAGAAUUUUGACCAUCAAAAGUGGAGUGAUUCUUUUGUAUAAGAAACUAUUUUUCUUUGCCAGGUUGAACUGGUUCUUAUAUUUUUGGGUAUUUAAAUGCCAAAUGCUAGCCUGUAGGUUCUGAAAUCACUAGACUCUUAUAUACGGGUUUUACCGUACUGAGAAAAAAACAAGAACGAUUUUCAGUUCUUAACUUAAGAACUGAUUUUCUUCAGCUUACAACCAAAAUAUAUUUAAUAUAUCAAACACCAGACGCAGUGUUUGAACACGUGUGACAUACGGAGGAAAGAGUUGAAAAUACAACGUGUAGCAGAGUAUUUUUGACGUUUUUGAUUUUGUGAUAAAACAUUUUUUUUCGAGUGUUUGAUACAACUUGAACAAAGUAAUUUGAUAGGGAAAUUAAGGACGCAGAAAUAAGGAGUGUUUCAUCAGAUAUUCAAAUACGUCACCGCGCAUGAUUUCCUUUCUAUCUGGGUCUUGAAUUAUUAGGAAGUUUGAAAAAUGAAUUGUAUUUAAAGUUCCGGCAUAUGAAGACUAAAACUCAUACAGAUAUACAUGAAAAUCCGCUGAGCGAGCAUUGAUUUAAUUUUUUUCUCGCUAAAUCUUUGUCGGUGAUACAUUUUGUUGUAGAGUUUCUAGUGAUAUAUAAAUUAGGAAUGUUGAGCGGAGAAAUCCAAAGAAAAUCGAAGUGCGAUGUCAAGUUAAUGAUUUCGGUAAUCAUCUGUAAUAGAGAGUAAUCUCAAAGCAGGAAAAUGUGAUAACUUUGCAGAUGAAAAAUUUUAACACAUAAUUAUCACUAUCUAAUCACUGUGAUAAUGGUUUCAUGUCGGAAACAUCAAGGAAUCUGAAUAUUCGAAAGUGUCUUUUUGUUUGAGGAGAUUCAGUGUAUAGAUCGUUUUCAAGGAAUAUAAUGAAAGAGUUUUAUAACCCGGAAAAAAAAACGGGUUGUCGAAAGAAAACUUGGCAGAAAACUUGAAAAGAGUCGUAAUUGAUAUUUAAGUAUUGCCCGAGAGUUUUUUACUUCCCCAAUAAGAUUCUAUUUUCGCAGACGAAGGACUAGCCCUUGAAACUUAGUUUUGGCUAUCUUUACGGCGGCAAAUUUUCCUAUCUACCCAAAUGAAAGAUCCAAAACUUCCUGUUUCACCUCGGCGCCGACCUAAAAUCACGAUUAUUUCUUUUGAAACUGACCUUUUCAUAAAUUUAUGCUUACUUAACAGAACUUCAUUAAUUCCUAUAUUGGUCUUGUUUUUCGUUUUCAUUUUAAAGUUAAGACACCAUACUUUGGUUUUAAAAGCAACGUACGUGACAAAUGUAGUAUUGCUUAUUUUCAAACUUAAAAAGGGGUUUCAUCACUAAGGUUUCAUCAGUCAGUUCUGUUUAUUGAGGUUAUGUAAACGUUGAGCCGAAUAUAUUGUCGCCUGAACAACAGCAUUACAGAAUAUUAAUGAUAAGGAUAACAAGUUAUGAGUUAUAUAAGUUUUCAGUGGUCAUAAAAUUCACUGUAAAGAAAGCUAAUCAAUUGCAGCUCUGAAAAUUUUUAAAGGAAAUCCGUCGACAAAUUUUGAUUUUAUCACUGUUUUCCUGAAAGUAGCCUUACAAAUUGCAAAAAAUGCUCAGCAUUGUGUUUUACACUGGUGCAUAUUCUUUCCUGUCUUUCGAAAUCGCGCAAGUCUACCUGCCUCAGGCGCGGAUCCAUACUGGUUUCCACGGUUUUACGGAAAUCGGUGAGAUUUUCAUAAUAAAUGUAUUCAGUUUUUAGUAAAAGAUUUGAAACUUUCCAGGCUGAAAUUUGGAAAAUGGUUUUGACAGUCACUAAAUAUCCUGUCUGAAUUGGUCAGCAACCCAGGAAAGGGGAAUUUGGGGAGUUAAAAUCCAAAACAUUUCCUGGGGGAGCAUUGCCCCAGACCUCUCUAGAAGUAGGAAAUCGGUCAGUAUUUAUUCUAGAUCCGCGCCUUUGCCUCUAGUGGUUGGAGAAUGUACAAGGGAAAUUAGUUAAAAGAAUGAGGGGUAAAACUUUCCAGGAAUUAGUAAAUUUGCUUGGAUAGUCCAGUAUUCAGUUUACGCGCAAAUUAUAGCCUUCAUAUAGAAAUUCCACGAUAUCUCAAAAUUCCUGUUAUAGAUUUGUGUGAAACUUUGCACAGCAGGAGGCAAGCACCCAAAGUUUACGUAGCCUAGAGCAUUUUCAGAGAAAAUGCGUAUAAGAACUGUAGUUCGAUUAAAAGCUAAAGCCAUUGUGACAUCAUUGCCACGUGAUAUUUCUUCGCAUCGCCAAAAAAUCAUAUCAUAAUAAAUUAAAGUUCAAUCUAUGUGUAAUCCAUGUGUUAUAAUAGUUUUACGAUAAAGACGAAGCUGUUUAUAUAUAAGAGGUCCAAAGGUGAAAGGUUUGCUUACAAAAAUACUGGGUCGAGCCACCUUAAACUUAAUUUCCAGUCAUGAAUUGGAACAAUACUUAUAAUCAAUAGUUAUAAUCAAGAUCUCAAAAAUUCAUGGUGAUAACUUUCAAAAUAAUUAACCGCAGGACGCAUUUACAUUUGUGACUGAUGGGAAGCUGUCAUGCAGCGGUCAUCCUGUUAUGUUAUAGAGUGUUUUCACAUGACGUCACGGUGGCCAUAUUAAUGUCCCAAAACAAUGAAACGGCGGCCAUGUUGGUGUCCCAAACCAAUCCUGUCGAAGUGGAACUCUUUUCUUAUGCAAACGAUUUCUUUUGUUCCAAUGAAUUUGCAUAGAUGCUGGCCACGUGAGUGAAAACACUCUAUAUUUGCAUUAUUUGUUUCAGAAUUAUUAGUCCAAAAGAGUGAGGUGCCUGUAAACUAGCUGGAUAAGCUAAGUACACUUUCCACUAUAAACAAACCUCCCUCGCAUAUUCACCCCUCCUGUUCUCUCGCUGUCAUAUAUAGUUCUCAAGCUUUGAAGCGAAACAAACACGUUUUUUUAAGUCUUGAAGCUAAAUAAGCCCAAUACAAAACGGGGUGGGGGGGGGGGGGGGUGACCUAACCGGCGGGGCUGUUCCAUUCGUUUUUUUUUUUUUUAGCCUCAUUUAAGUAAUGUGUUCAACAUAAAUUGAAAAUUAAUUUUUUAUUUUUUUGGGGGGCUUGGGAAAAAUGGGCCCUUCCCCGGUCUGGGGGAGGAAAUUUUAACCUCCACCUUUAGCAGCACACACACCUAACCUUACACCCCACACCACACCCUCUCAACUCCUCCACCGUCCAUCCACCUUAGCCACACCCGCACACACCUAGACACACGCACCCCGCCCCUCCACCGUCGCCUCGACCAUAUCUUCCCGUCGCAACACACCAUUCCCUGCCUCCGUGUUGGGGGGGGGGGGGGGGGGAUGACCUAACCGGCGUGACUGUUCCAUUCGUCUUUAUGUUAUGUAGCCUCAUGUAAGUAAUGCGUUCAACAUAACUGUAACUAUAAUUUUGUACUUUUUGGGCAGGCUAUGGAAAAAUGGCCCCAUCGACGGUCUGGGGAAGAAUAUUUUGUAUAUUUUACGCCAUAUUUGGAAUUCCCAUUACUGGUCUAAUGCUGAAAUCGAUUGGCGAACGAAUCACAGAGACAUUGGCUAACUUCUGGAAAUUUGUGGACACAAAAAUAUGCAAACGGGAACAUCCUCGUAGAAUAUACCUCAAGACUGUGGCGUGUAUUUUCAUUAUGGUCGCUGGCAUGAUCCUUCUCCUAGCGGGUAUUGGUAAAAGCUAUGAAGGUUGGACAUUCUUUGAAGGGGUCUAUUUUGCAUUUAUAACCCUCAGUACGAUUGGCUUUGGAGAUUAUGUGCCCCAACACCCAUCAAAACACGAGAAAGAUCACCCGGGUUACGUCAUUGCUUUCACUAUUCUCACAUUUGUUUACUUCACCUUUGGCCUUGCUAUGGUGUCCAGUGCCCUUCUAGCCAUCAGUCGGUUGUUUGAAGACGAGCCACCCUGGGGCUUUAUUUCUUUGGUGGGUGGAGAUGACGGCGAAGACGACGAAGAGGAAAAACUUCUAUCCGAGAAGCGAAAAGCACAAGAGAAAGCCAUGCUGGCAGACAGCAGUGGUCCUUAA